UAGAGUACAGUCUACAGAUCGUUAGACGUGCAUGCAGACAGGUCUUGAAAGAGAUAAUCAUUCUUGAUUCUGAGGAGACGUGAAACAGAAUUUGACAGGAUGCGGAUAGCCAUAGAGGGAUGUGGUCAUGGAGAGCUUGAUAAAAUAUAUGAAACGAUAGCAUUCGCAGAGCAGAAAGAAGGCUUCAAGGUGGAUCUGGUCUUGUGCUGUGGUGACUUUCAGUCUGUUCGCAAUGAAGCUGACAUGGAAUGCAUGGCCGUCCCCAAGAAAUAUCGCCAGAUGAACACUUUCUACAAGUAUUACUCUGGUGAGAAGAAGGUUCCAAUCCUGACCAUUUUCAUCGGAGGGAACCACGAGGCCUCCAACUAUCUUGCUGAACUGCCUUAUGGAGGAUGGGUGUGUCCUGGGAUCUACUAUUUAGGCUAUGCCAGUAUUGUGAACUAUGGUGGGAUAAGAAUCGGAGGACUAUCCGGUAUCUACAAGAAGCAUGACUACAGGAAGGGCCACUAUGAGAGACCACCCUACUCCAAUGACGAUAUGAGAAGUGCAUACCAUGUCAGAAACCUGGAAGUUUACAGAUUAAAACAGAUUCAACAGCCCAUUGACAUUAUGAUGUCACAUGACUGGCCUACAGGCAUCUAUCACCACGGCGACAGGGAUGAACUUUUCCGCAAGAAGAGUUUCUUUGAAAGGGAAGCCAUGAGCAACACGUUAGGUAGUCCACCUGCGGAAGAGCUGCUUCAUGAACUCAAACCAGACUAUUGGUUCUCAGCCCAUCUCCAUGUCAAGUUCUCUGCUCUGGUCGAACACAAGAGUGAUGAUGGCAAUGUCCAGAAGACCACCAAGUUUCUUGCUAUAGACAAGUGCCUCCCUGGCAAGGAUUUCCUGCAGAUUCUUGAAUUCCCAGAAAAAUCUGAGAGGCCAUUUGAGCUGAGCUAUGAUACUGAGUGGCUGGCUGUCCUGCAAGCAACGAAUCAUCUAUUGAGUACUUCCAGGGAUAUUGUUCAUAUGCCCAGCAAAGGCUACUGCUCAAAGUGGAAAUACAAUGUAAACAUGAAUCAGCUUGCAGCAGUGAGGACUGCUUUUGGAGAUGAUCUCAAAAUCCCUGACUCCUUUGAUCAGACAGUGAGGGUGUACGACCCCAACAAUAUAGAGAGGAACUCAAAGCAACCCAGUCUCAUGAUCAACCCUCAGACCACAGCGCUGUGUUCCAGACUUCAAGUUAUAGACCCUUGCGUGAUCCUGAUGGGCGGGUCGUCUGAGCCAGGUGAACAUGCUGGGCCGGUGCUGCCACCUGAGGAGGAAACCCACUCGGACGACGGCAACGAUGCGGAUGACGAUACCUCCGAGUCAUCCAGGAUUCUCUUUGAGAGUUUCAUUGACUCUGAAGCAGGGGCGAGUUUCUUGGACCUGUCUGUGAAUGACUCGAGAUUGAGCAAUAAUUCAUCCAGGAUGUCUGUCGACCCAGAGUCCGGUCUAAACCCAGAGGAGAUCUGUCUCAGUGAUGAGAAUGAGGAUGGUGGUGGUGGUAAGAAGAAGGAACAGGAUAACAGCGAUGGAAAGAUUGUGUUAGGAGGAAAAGUUGCAGUUCAAUCUCCAUCGAAUCAAGACUUCCCUCCUUCUCCCAUCAAGAGGACUUCACUUUCUCUCCCGAUCAUCACCAAAACUCCAAGCAUUCCAUCCCCUUCAUCUGGUCUCGACAACAGCAUCCUGCCUGCUAAAGACGAGCUGGCAAACAAACUUCUCUUCGAUGAACUUGAUGAAGAGGCCAAGGAUCGUCUCUCGGGUGUAGACGGUGAGGUUCCUUCAUUCGAGUCUAGCACACCAAGACACGGUCAAAUCAAAAGAAGGAAUUUAGAGGUGUACACGUCUUCCUCGCGCGAUGCCUCUGACGAGGCGAGCAUCUCGGACGAAAACGACCGAAGUGGCGUCUUGAGCGAUGAUGCAAGACCAGAUGUUAUAACCGUCAAAGGGGGGAGCGGGUCAAAGAAAUUCAAAAGGAGAAAUGUUGCCAUAUACACAUCCAAUGAGGAUGACUGAUUUGAAGGCCAACUUUGCCAAAUUGCAAUCUACUAUUUUGUACAAUUCGCCAUCAGUAAUGGUAGUUUCAUUUUGUGUAGGUAUGUUGAACAAUCACUUCCUUGGAACCAACAAUCUGCACAAUUGAUUCUAAUGUCAUUUGAUACUGGUGCUUUUAGAUAUUCCUCAAUUCUUUUUUAGUACAUUUUAAGAUGUAAAUAUCAAUUGUAAAUACAUUUUUUAAAUAUGUGUAUAAUGUGAAAUAAUAGGAGGAAAAUGUUUAUUUGACUUCUACAUUUUUAUCCUUUCAGGAGGAAAGCAGUUUUAAGAAUUUCAACCAAGCAAAGAUUAACUUGAAGAAGGAGCAAAAAAAAAUCACAAAUACAGAACAGGAUAUAUGCAAGAUUUGAAACCUGGAACCACAUGCAAUUUUGAACAAAAUGCAGCUGUCGAGUGAAUAGUUCGUAAUCUAUUUUCAGUGGAUACUAACAUGAAAAUUCAUGAAAAGUAGCCCCUGUCCAUUAGUUUUGAACGAGUACUCAUUGCAUGAACCUGACAUUGAACUAGACAUUUUAAAGGCAGUACUCUGGAAAAUGGACAAACCUGUUGCUUUGCUUUUUCAACUUUCAUACCCCCAAGGAGAACUAUUUCAAACAGCCCCACAUCACUGCAGCCAAAGUUGAACUGACUUUACCUUUUAGACAGUACUGAUUUUCCCCUUCUUCAGAAUAUGCAUAGCCCACCUUUGUUUUUUAAACGCUUGUUUUUAGCUUUUCUUGAAUAUGUCGGUUUAAGAAAAUAGCUAAUUGAUUUUCAAACUUGCAAUUUCAUGUUUUUAACAAGUAUUUAAUAUUUAUAACCUGGCUAAUUGUUUAGAGUUAUUAAUGAAAAAAAAUGUAGGGAGUUUCCAUGUGCAAUGCAUGACAGUUUGAUUACAGCGGUUACAGAAGUUCUAAGAAUCUGCUGCGAGAGAUGAAAAGCAUUCAGUCAUGGUCUUUGGAGAGGAAUUUAUGAUGAUGAAUAUUCCUUUGAAGUUGCUAGAGAAAAUGCACAUCAUUUGAAAUCUGUUGGUCGUAAAAGUGAUGUCUAUUUUCUGUGAUUGAUAUCAUCUCUUACUGGAUAAAUACCCAAAUGGUGUGAAAUUCUCGAAGAGAAUCAUGAUAAUGCAGAUUUAAGAUAAUAUAACAAAAGCAUAGAGUAAGUGAUUACAUGAGCAACUGUGUGCUUAUGACAUCAAUCCAUGUAUUUCAUC